AAUGUUCUUCACGGAGAGAGAGAGAGAGAGAGCUCACUAGAGUACGAAACCAUGUGUUUGAGCGAUCCACCUCUGAUUACUUUUCUCACCCUUCUAAAUCUAACAAGUGUCAAAUGCAUUUUCUUUUGACAUAUUUAUUAUUUUACUAUCUGUCCUUAUUUUCAUCUGCUUUUUAACUUUUCAUCUGAUGGACGUUGUAUUAAUAAGGAGGUUGGAGAGGAAGAGAGGGACACGAGAGCAAUCGUAUAGUUGUGUGAAAACAUGGAGGAGAGCAACAACGUUGGAAAUCCAUUGUUGAAGAAACACUACCACGAGGGUUGCCCUGGUUGCAAGGUGGAUCUAAUCAAAGAGCAAAAAAAGGAUGUUACCUUUAGAAAUCUCUUCAACAUAUGGAUCGUCGUGUUAUGCAGCACUCUACCUAUAGCAUCUCUCUACCCUUUCCUUUAUCUCAUGGUGAGGGAUUUUAAUAUUGCAGAAUCAGAGGAAGAUAUUAGUGCCUAUGCUGGUUAUGUGGGAUCUGCAUUCCACCUUGGUAGAUGUUUCACAUCUAUAUUGUGGGGAAUGAUAGCUGAUCGCUAUGGUAGAAAACCUGUUGUGUUUGUAGGGAUCAUCUCUACCAUCAUUUUCAACGCACUAUUUGGCCUUAGCUCUAGUUACGUGAUGGCUUUCACUACAAGAUUUAUUCUUGGAACUUUAAAUGGUUUGAUUGGUCCAAUGAAGGCAUAUUCUGCUGAAAUAUUUCGAGAAGAAUACCAAGCUCUAGGACUCUCAAGUGUCUCUGCUGCCUGGGGAGUAGGUUUAGUCUUUGGCCCAGCAUUGGGAGGAUACUUGGCCCAGCCAGCUGAGAAAUACCCAAAUUUAUUUCCAAAGGAUUCCUUCUGGGAUAAGUAUCCCUACUUCUUGCCCUGCCUUGUAAUAUCAACUUUUGCAUUUGCAGUAGCAAUUGCUUGUAUUUGGCUACCGGAGACACUUCAUAAUCACGAUGUGUCCAUUGAGAACUUUGAAGCUUUAGAAAAUGGAAGUGGUGGAGCUACCAAAGACAAGAUGACUAAAAAACAUGAAAGUAUCUUAACAAAUUGGCCUUUAAUGUCAUCUAUCAUUGUUUAUUGUAUUUUUGCGCUUCACGACGUUGCUUAUUCUGAGGUUUUUUCAUUGUGGACUAUUAGUCCGCGACGAUUGGGAGGUUUAAGCUUUUCAACUAGUGAUGUUGGUAAUAUUCUUGCAGUUUCAGGUAUUGGUAUUAUGAUCUUCCAAGUUGCACUAUACCAACCGAUGCAAAAAAUUUGUGGACCUAUUAACCUUACUCGCAUUAUGGCGGUGUUAUCUAUACCUAUCAUGCAAAGCUAUCCCUUCAUGACAAAAUUGUCAGGCUUCCCACUAUUCAUAUCAAUAUAUUCCGCUACGAUUCUAAGCUAUCUAUUAAGUGAGAUAAUUUCAGCUGGCUUAUUCAUUUUACAAAAUCGAGCAGUGGAACAACAUCAAAGAGGAAUAGCUAAUGGCAUUUGUAUUACUGCCGUAUCAGUAUUAAAAUCCAUUGGUCCAGCCGCUGGCGGUGUAUUGUUAACAUUGUCACAAAAACGACUAAAUGCUUCUUUCCUCCCAGGAACCAAUUUGGUGUUCCUUUUCCUCAAUCUUGUACAAGUACUUGCAUUGUUGUUAACAUUCAAACCAUUCCUAAGUGUAAAGAAAACGCCCUCGGAGUCAUAAUGAUAUUUAUAAAUUUUGCCUAAAGGGUGAAACAUCUAGACAACAUUUCAUGGUUGCUACAUGAUAUGAUAUAUUCCUUGCCUUUUCCAUUUUUUCUCUAUUGGUUCAAAAUGGCCACUGAAGGGCUUGUAAUUUUAUACUAUAUCUACCGUCAUAUGGGCUUUAUAUUGUUAAAAGGGGUAGGAUGUCUACUUUAUAGGAUAUGCCAACAUGGUUUAUUUUGCUGUCUUUUGAUUUGAUUUUGUUUUAUUUACAUUUAUGCCUUCACUUUAUUAAGUGUGGGAGGGUCUCUUUUGGGAGGCGUUAUCAUUUUGUCUUAUAUAGUAUUUGUGUAAUGCAUUUUUGUUUAAA